UCGGCUCAACUUCGGUGCUCUCAUGGCUCGCCUGUCUUUCUCAGCAGUGGGCCUGCUGUUCCUGUCAGUGCUGGCUUUGGUGCUCAGUGCUGAGGCAAGAGAGACAAGGCCAAAAACCCUGAGGAGGAAAAAGAGGGACUGGAUUCCUCCUGCUGUUAAGCUCAUGGAAAACAUUGACCACAGUCAUAAGGAGUUUAUUGCCAAGAUUCGCACUGAUGCAGAUGUAGUUGAUAAAGUGCACUAUUCUCUCACUGGAGAAGGAGCUGACAAGGAUCCUUUCAAUCUCUUUGUGGUGGACCGAGACACGGGGUUCGUACGUGUCACUCGUACUCUAGACCGGGAGGAAAGACCAACCUACAACCUAAAUGGCACAGCGAGAUACAGUAACGGAUCGCUUGCAGACGCCAUUGUCUUACUGAGAGUUAAAGUCAUGGACCAGAAUGACAACGCUCCUUAUUUUGAACCGCAACAUGUCCACAUCCCAGAGUUCUGCAAAAAAGGAACCUUUGUUAUGCAGGUUAAAGGGAUGGAUAAGGACGAACCUGGAAAUUUGAACAGUGAGAUCGCCUACAGGAUCGUGAGUCAGGAGCCCCCAGGUCAAACAUUUUUUAUAGACAAAAAGACAGGCAAACUGUACGUCAAAGAGGAAACCCUGGACAGAGAGACUAAUGACCUUUACAAACUGGUCAUAGAGGGGACUGAUAUGGCAGGGGGACCCGGGGGGAAAACAGCAAGAGGAACUGUGGAGAUCAAACUCCUGGACAUCAAUGACAAUAUCCCCACCCUGGAAAAAUCUGAGUAUGCUGGGGAAGUGGAGGAAAAUGUUGCUGAUGUAGUUGUGAUGAGAAUCAAAGCUCUGGAUAAAGACCUUCCAAACUCAGACAACUGGUUGACUGUCUUUGAAAUUGCCCAAGGAAAUGAGGAUAAUCUGUUCUCAAUUGAGACAGACCCGGUAACCAAUGAGGGCAUCCUGAAGCUGAUCAAGCCUGUAGAUUUUGAGGAACUCCAGAAUCUUGAGCUAGGCCUGCUCAUUAAGAAUGUAGCUCCUUUUGUGGAGGGUGGUCCUAUAUUAGUGGAUGUGGGUGUCCAAGUUGGAGAGGGUAAUCCUAUGGCUGCUGGAGCUGGAGGCGGAGGCGGAGGCGGAGGCGGAGGCGGAGGCGGAGGCGGAGGCGGAGCUGGAGCUGGAGUUGGAGGAGGAGGUGGAGGUGGAGGAGGUGGAUCUGGAGGAGGUGGAGGUGGAGGAGGUGGAUCUGGAGGAGGUGGAGGUGGAGGAGGUGGAUCUGGAGCUGGAUCUGGGGUGGGAACUGGACCUGGGGUUAAGCCGGGUCAUGGGCCUGGAGAGGUUUAUGUCUUCAAGCCAGGUUACAAACCAGCAACAAAGCCUAAGCCAAGUGCGCCGGCAAAGAGCUAUCCAAUUAAGAUAGCAGUGAAAAAUGUUCCAGAGGGUCCAGCAUUCAUUCCCAACACCAAGAUUGUUCCUGUAUCAGAAGAUCCAAAGGAAGCACCUGAAGAUGGAGUGAUUACAGUGUUUGCUGCUGUCGAUCCAGACACAGGGCUACCAGCUGAAGACGUCAGUUAUGUCAAAGGCUUAGAUCCAGAGAACUGGUUUAUCAUCGAUAAACAGACAGCUGAGGUUAAACUCCGCAAAGCACCAGACAGAGAGUCACCUUUUGUGGUGAAUGGUACCUACAUUGCCACAGUUCUGGCCAUCACCAAUGACAUGCCAUCAAAGACAGCCACAGGAACAAUAGCCAUUCAAGUCGCUGAUUCCAACGACCACUGUCCUACUCUGACCACCACCCACAGCUCCCUGUGCUCUGAUGUCAAAACGGUCUAUGUUACUGCAUUUGAUGAAGAUGCUCAUCCCAAUGGAGGUCCAUUCACAUUCAGAAACAUACCUGAUGGGACACGAGGCAGCUGGGACGUAGAAGUUAUCAAUGAGACGAGUGCCGCGCUUCACUCUCGUGAGGAGCUCUGGCCUGGCUUAUAUAAGGUUCAGGUGGAGUUGGUGGAUGCUCAGGGUCUGUCGUGCCCGACCCAUGACAUUUUUACUGUGGUUGUUUGUACCUGUGUGGAGACAAAUGACUGCAGGAUAAACAAAUCUUUGGAAGAAGCAGGAACUAGUUCAACUGCGCUCUCCGCACCAGCCAUCGCCCCCCUGCUAACGGCAAUGUGUUUAUUGCUAUUUAUUCCUCUUCUCAUGCUGAUCUGUCAAUGUCGAAAACAUUUUGUUGACUUGCCAAUGGAGACCAAAGUACAACUCAUAUCUUAUCACACUGAGGGCAGAGGCGAGGAUAAGAAAGUGCCACUUCAUAGUAUACCUGCCAUGUUGGACGCACAAAGAAAAAACAUCAAUGGCACUACAACAAAAUUCACAGGGACUAACCAAAGACCUACAAUAUAUGAUGAAUAUGGGCUGAAUCAAGACAUCAUGCAAUGUCGGAUGGAGUUUGACAACACCAGCAGGUUUUCAAGGGAAUGGUUCGACCAUAUUAAUGGCAAUGGUACAAUCAGAAGAAAGACACUGUAUGGGGACCUAGCCUUACCUGACGCUUUCCUCAAUGAGUACUACUCACAGAAAGCGAUAUGUGCUUUGCCUGCGAAGGACUGUUCUUUGGAGUAUCAUUUUGAGGGACAGGGCUCCUCUGCUGGAUCUGUGGGCUGCUGCAGCCUCCUGGAGACUGACAACGACCUGCAAUUCCUCGAUGACCUUGGGCCAAAGUUCAAGACUCUGUCUGAUAUCUGUUCCCCUCCUAAACCAACACCCAAACCUUCCCUGACACACAAGAUAGUAGGUGCAGUCCAAACCACAGUAAAUAAGGAUGAAGCUGUUGUUAAGCCCAAAGUGGAGCGCACUGUUGAAACAGAGCAUACUGAUGUCAAGACAGUCAUGUCACCUACUAACAUCUCCAAAUCAUCUGUCAGUACUGUAAACACUGCCCAUCAAUCCAUGACAUUCUCUAACUCUAAGGUUACUAACAUCAGUCAUUCUGCCACUCUGGCCCCUCAAGCUUAUCAUUCUGCCACUCUGCCCCCUCAGGCUCAUAGGGUUUUCAUACAACCUCAGCCAGUUUAUUACACCACCAGCCCUGUACCACAGCCCAUGAACUAUGUAGUCCAACCACAGCUACAGAACAUGGUAAUGAUGGCGGAGGGGGCCCAUGGAGCCAAUUUUCCAGGCAUUUAUGUAGUGAGUGGGAACCAGAGUUCUUCUUCAGGACUCGUAGUCAGUGGACUCCAAGGCUCCCCUCCUGGGCUAGUGAUUCAGGGCAUUGAGAGCCCCAAAAGCCUUUCCAGUCCAAUUAGCCCCACCUUGAUUCUACCCGGUAGUCCAGGUGUGUCUAUGGGCUCAGGUCCUGCAAAGGGUUGGAAAAUGAUAGGGCCAAAUCCUGAUGGUAAAUAUAUGAUAGUUAAAGAUACGACUACACCAGGUGAGGCAGUUAAGAAAGACCCAGGCUCAUCUCAGGACACUUUGCCCAAAGGUGCAAUCCUGGUAAAAGAGGCUGCUCCCCCUCAGGGGGUGUUAAACCCAGCAGCUCAGGGGAGUGUGUAUGGCAUUCUGCCACGACACACUGUUUCUAAAACUGAGGGUGCUGUUGCAGUAAAUAGCAAUUUGGGGCAAAUAUGGGUUGGGGCAUGUGUGGGCAGAAGGGAAGGCGCAUCUUUGAAAGAAGAAGAAUUUGAGGAAGGAAAAGCUGUUGGUCUCACCGUAGUUGAAGGGUUAGAGGACAAAUGUCAGGUAGUUGGAUCAGAACUUCAAUUAGAUGAUGUGACAAAGGAACAAAUUCCCAGGGAUCUGGAGGAAGAUGUCUGUCCAGUAUGGGAAGUUGUUUCAGACAAAUCAGGCCAUUGCCACCCCUGAUAGUAUCCAGGAAAACGUGAAUAUGGAGGAAAUGACUGCGGAUAGUGUAAUCACAGUCAGUGAUUCACAUGAAGACGUUAAGGCUCAGGAAGAGCAACUGCUAGAUUCUGAUGUGGGAGUCUGUAGUAUGGAUGACACAUUUUCAAAAGUGACUUUGAAAGUGUGUGAAGAAAAGUUUAACCGCGAUCAAGAAUCAAUGCCAGAACCACAGUUUGGUCAUAUUGAAGGGAUUAUACACAGAGGUAAAGGUGAUGAAAAGACAGAUAGUGCUGAUGAAGCAAUCACAUCAUCGCAACCUGUCAGCAGUGUUUUUACUAGCCAAGAAGGAGAUCUUGGGGAUUGAAAUCUGACGUCGGCAAUGAAACAAGUUACCAUUCAUUUGCAAGAAGAGGUGUCUAAUGUGUCAAACAGGUCACCAUUAGAGCAGCAUCUGUUUACAGCGAAAGACAGUAUAUGUGGCCACAAAGAACAAGAAAGUGGUAAUGAACAAACUUUAACAUCAGAUUUCAGGGCGGAUACAGAUAAAGUUAGUGCAAAUGGAGAAAGUAUGGAGAGAAGCGAUGGAGAGAAAGAGUACUAUGGAGGAAGAUGUGUCACAGCAGAGUUUUAGCACUUCUGAUGAGCAAGACAAAGACCUAGAAAGACAAUAUGCUUUGAGUUUUAAAAUGGAGGAUAAAAUGGAGACAGUGAUGUUGAUGAAGAGAAAGGGGAGGUUUCUGUGGAGGCAUUGGUGUCAGCAGUAGGGAAAAAUGCAUGUGCAGAAAAAGAAUGGGAUACAGAAGAAAACGCAUAAUGCAGGAUUUCUCUAGAUGAUCAUACCUUAACCUCAGAUGAUAACAUGAAUGCUUCAGUGGAAGAGGAGGAUAGUUUUGAGGAAGGGACAUUAUCCAUUCAGCAAAAUGUUAGCAGCACAGACAAGAUGAAUUAAUUGAAGGAGAAGCUGUAUCAGGAAGAAGUCCUUCUUUGGAGGAUCAAUUAAUCUCAGACGACAACAAUGUUGCGGAGGAAGAGGUAUCACCUGUACACCAAAUCUCAGAUGAAGACAGUGAAAAACAAGACGCAUCGAACACCGUUUAUUAAUUGGAGGAUAAGCUCAUCUCAGGUGACAGUGUGAUCGAUGGCAAGAAAGAGGCACCAUUCUUACAACAAAACAAAUGUUUUACUGAUUCCCAAGAUGAAGAGAGUGAAAGAAAGGCACAAAGCAUAAGUUCUCACAUAGAGGAGGAAAGCGGAAGUCAAAAUGCAGAGAUGAAGCAUGUGACAGCAUUGUCAAAAGUGAUUGAAACUCUAGAAGUAUCUUCUGAUGGACACUACACAUCAAGUAAGGCAAAGGAUUGACUCUUCUCAAAUAGGAGACAUACCUUGAAUCUAAGUAAGUAUCUAACAGUGGAAACAGCCAAGUCUGAUUAUGCUAACACAUUACUUUUAGAAUUGAAAAGGGGGAGGCUCAAUGGCUGCAUCAAUGAUGGGAUACAAAACACAAAGUUAAACACAACAAAAAGCAUUUUUAUUUACAAUUAAACAACACUUAACCAGCUUAAAAGAACAACACAACACAAACAGAGAUCCAGCUAGCACAGAGCAUAGACAGACACCCCUAAUGGAACUGUAAUAACUGCGCAUUAAAUAUCUGGCUGCUAUACUUUUAUUUUUGUGUAUUUUGUAAAUUGUGUGAUUCUUGUAUAUAUAUUGUUUUAGUAUCUUGGGUGUAAUAUUAAGCUGUCUUUGGCUCUUUCUGCUGUAAUAAUGAAACGUUCCCCUCUGUGAGACGAUCAAAGGUAUUCUUAUUCUUCUUGAUGGAGGGGGUUGUCAUAAGCUAGAGAUUAGAAAGGGCUUUGAUAACAGUGCAACUGGUGCAUUUGGUGAGGUAGCAUCAACAUUUUAUUCAGAAAUUAAUGUGGUAGAGAAGACCAUAACUUCAAAUCAGACCCAGACUCAGGAGACACAGAAACUGUCAGUUCUAUUGCAAAGAGUAUGGUAGCUGAGGAGUCUGCUAACCUCGUUCAAAAUGAAAGCGUGCAUUUGACUGGAGAAGCAACAUAAUGCUAUGAGAGAAAAGUUAACAUUUUUGCUCAUGACUUUCUACAUCACCAAUUGUUGUGGUCUGGGCUUGGUCAGAGUCCAAGGCUGUUUUUUGGCCCCAGUCCUGUGGGCUACAUGUUUUACAGGGAAACUCAGAGUUAGGACCUGAGGCUUACAUUUAAGCUUUACACACUUUUGCUAUCAAGAAUAAAACACAUUGUAACAAUUAUUUCAUGAGGAGAGGUACAAAAUAUUUGAUUCCAACUUUAUUGGCAACAGUGUAUAUUGUUACUGCUUAACUGAUGACAGGGAAUAUUCAAGGCCUUCACAUCAGAUGUUUGCUUUCUGUUGCAGUGGCAUUGGCAUUGGCAAGUCAUGUGUAAAGGCCAACACCCAAUAAAACAAUCUCACCUAUGCAAGCUAUGUGAGCCCAGACAACAGCAGAUUCUUGAUAACCUGACCUAGAUAGCUUGAACUAGCAAUGAUUUAAGUUAUUUGAUGUAAUUCCCAUUGUUGAUGUGCGUCAAAACUGCAGAAAAGCACCAGUUUUUCAAAUAUUGUCCUUCGUACGUUCCAGCUACCAUAUUUCAAUAUGCUGCCAGUGGAUUGAAAUUGGUAGUUUUGUAAUGUUGGGGGGUUUACCAACUAUCACUUGCAGUUUUCCGGGAAUAGCCUUCCUUAACUGAGUUAAUAUUUAUACACAAUUUGAUCCCAUGUAACCCAACGCCACCGGGAAGUAAUUGGUCAUAGCAAACCAAGACAGCCUAGAGGGGUCAAUUGAGUAACUGUUUAUUUCACCUCAAUUAUCAACGUUUGUUUUUCUUACUUUAUCAUUCAAACCCAAUCAACUAUCUUUUCCUAAACCCUACCAUAUUGAAUAACAGCUGUUAUUAUUUUGCUAGGGAUUAUGUAAGGCAGUGUUUGUCCACGAUUUUGCUCUUAUUCACACACCUGCAUUCAUAUGAGACUGCUGGUGUGUUUAUGUAAUUUGUAUGAGAAGCUUUGUGUGAGAAUUAGAACCAUAAACUGUAAAUAUAAUCACGCCAAAGACGGUUGUUGAAAGUAACCUGUCUUUUGAAGUCCCGCCUACAAGUCACAUUUGUGCAUGCAGAGCAGAAACGCUACUUUGCAACUGUUCUGUGAGCUGUUAUCAAGUGCACACGUGUGGUUUUCAUGUGCGUUUUCUUAUAAAACAAAUACCUUAUCUACCCUUUACUUUACAAUUACUUGCAUAAUGUAUAUUUCUUUAUCUUUAAUCUUCACUAUAUUACCAUGUUUUUUGUUAAAGCCAUCUAUUCUAACAUUCUUUGAGCCACUUAAUAUUAACAGGGGUGUUCAACUGGUUGAAAAAUAUGAAACCAUGCUGGGUUGAUAAGAAUAUUUAUCUGCUAAUGUAUUAAAAGCAUUUUGGUGAUUUUAAUGUUCUCACAACUGUAUUAAUCAUAAAAAAUAUAUUCAAUGUGUUUUUAAGAAAUAUGCUGUACUGUAUUCAUUAAAGACAUAAUGAAUUGUU